AAGUGUCAGAUUCAGAGGACUCUCAUUUUCUCCCACCUGAGCUGCCAAAAAUCCUCUGCCCAUCUUCUUGUGUUUCAGAGAGAGAUAGUCAUCAGUUAUGGAGAGAGACAUUGACGAUCUUCCGAAGAACGCAGCCAACUACACGGCGCUGACGCCACUCUGGUUCCUGGACAGGGCGGCGGCGGUGCACCCUCACCGGAAAUCGCUGGUCCACGGCUCGGUUCAGUACACGUGGCUCCACACUUACCAGCGCUGCCGCCGUUUAGCCUCCGCUCUCGUCAAACGCUCCGUCACCUUUGGGACCACGGUAGCAGUGAUAGCACCAAAUGUCCCUGCCUUGUAUGAAGCCCAUUUUGGAAUCCCAAUGACUGGCGCCGUUGUGAAUGCUGUCAAUAUCCGUUUAAAUGCCGAAACAGUUGCCUUUUUGUUAGGGCAUUCAUUGGCAUCCGUUAUAAUGGUGGACCAAGAUUAUUAUAAUCUAGCAGAGGAGGCUCUAAGCAUUUUAUCAAACAACACUAGAGGGAAUUUCCCACCUCCACUAAUGAUUGUUAUUUCCGAUAUCAACUGUGAUUCAAAGCCUGUUCAAUAUGCUCUGGGGAAAGGAGCUAUAGAGUAUGAAAAGUUCCUGGAAACCGGUGACCCUGACUAUGAGUGGAAACCACCUCAGGAUGAAUGGCAUAGUAUUUCUUUAGGGUACACUUCUGGAACAACUGCUAGUCCUAAAGGAGUCGUGCUUCACCAUAGAGGAGCUUAUCUUAUGGCCCUUAGUAACGCUGUUGUGUGGAACAUGAACGAGGGAGCUGUAUACCUUUGGACUUUGCCCAUGUUCCACUGCAAUGGUUGGUGUUUCCCUUGGACCCUUGCUGCUAUCUGUGGGACAAGCAUUUGUCUUAGACAGGUAGCAGCGAAGGCAGUUUACUCAGCCAUAGCCAACCUAGGCGUGACACAUUUCUGUGCUGCCCCUGUGGUACUCAACACUAUCGUGAACGCCUCAAAAGAGGAUAUCAUCCUCCCCCUACCCCGCACUGUCCAUGUAAUGACAGCGGGUGCUGCUCCACCACCUGCCGUCCUUUCCGCAAUGUCCCGCCGCGGUUUUCGCGUCACACACACUUACGGCCUCUCUGAAACUUAUGGGCCUUCCACUAUAUGUGUCUGGAAGCCAGAAUGGGAUUUACUCCCUCCAGAAGCCCAAGCCCGCCUAAAUUCCCGCCAAGGUGUCCGGUAUGUCAGCUUGGAGCACCUUGACAUUGUCAGCACUGAUAGUGACAUGAAGCCUGUCCCUUGUGACGGAAAGACGAUCGGGGAAAUCGUGUUCAGAGGAAACCUUGUGAUGAAAGGGUACCUGAAGAACCCUAAAGCCAAUAAGGAAGCUUUUGCAGGCGGGUGGUAUCACUCUGGCGAUCUUGCGGUGAAGCAUCCGGAUGGUUAUGUUGAGAUCAAGGACAGGUCGAAGGAUAUAAUCAUAUCCGGCGGCGAGAAUAUUAGUAGUGUUGAGGUGGAAAAUAUUCUGUAUCAACACCCGGCUAUACUCGAAGUGUCAGUUGUGGCAAGGCCUGAUGAGCAGUGGGGGGAAUCACCUUGUGCGUUUGUGACCCUUAAGCCGGAGGUUAAAAACACCACUGAUCAAGAACGGCUGGCUAGUGAUAUUAUGAGUUUCAGUAGAUCAAAGAUGGCGAAAUAUUGGGUUCCUAAAUCGGUGAUAUUUGGGCCUUUGCCGAAAACAGCGACUGGGAAAAUACAGAAGCAUUUGUUAAGGGCGAAGGCAAAGGAGCUAGGGCCCGUUAAAAGGAGCAAGUUAUGAUCUUUAAGAUUAUGAUCAUAAGUUAAGAUGUGUCUUUCCUGGUUCAUGUCAAUAUAUUAGUUCAUUAAUGUAAUCUCGGGUCUUCAAUUUCUUGUUGCACACAAACAAUCUUUUGGUUAUUGAAGCAUGCUAGGUUGUUAUGCACUUUACCUUGGACAUUCUGGCAAUUAAUAAUUUGCAUAUGAAUGAAUAGAUAGUAAUAAAUGCAAGAAACCAUCAGUGU